CCCUCGUGCCCUCCUCCCCUCCCUUCGCCCGGUAGGAAGGCUGCUCGCUGGCUCCGUGCAGGCGCAGUGCGUGCAGUCCGAUCCGCUCAGCUGGCUUCCUCUCCGCUCUGAGUGGACUCGAUUCCCCGCCACGUAAGAAGCACAGCGGUGUCACGGGGGUGAGGAUGUCCUGCUAAAUCAAGGGAUUGGCCUGGGAAAUUCGCCGGCCGUCCCUUCAUUCCUUCAAGCAGGAGACCCACCGAGAAAGACGGAACAUUUCUCACCCGUUGGACGAACGGAGACUCGCUGAAAAGAACCAACCAGCAGCAGUGACUCUUUCCGGAUGGGGGUUUCUCCUUUGCGGUCGAUGAUUUUCACCGUGCACGGAUGCGAAUCUGGAGAACAAGGCCGUGCAGUGAACCUGGUGGUACUCGUUAGCCGAACAAGCUAACUAGUUAGCUUUGUGUGUGUGUGUGUGUGUGUGUGUGUGUUUUUUGGCUAGCUUUCAUUUGUUCGACAAAAUAUCAAAGCAACUCUAAUUAGUCCACAUGUUCUUUAUUAUAGCCAUGUUCAGAUAGUACAUUUCCUCUGUUUUUUGGAGCCAAAGCUAACAUAUUGUUUCCGUUUUACGAAACGUGUCAGAACCGGCGAGAUAAGCUAGCAGACGAGCGGUCUUCAUUCAUUUUGAAGGCUAACUUUUUGUAGCCUUUGUUGCAGCUUUGUCUCUUGCUCGUUCGUGACAUUGCAGCACAUUGCUGGGAAUAUUAGUCUCAAUUUGCAUUUUUUUUUGAGAUUCAACUAAAUUUUUUAUUUUAUUUUUUAAAAAUUAUUAUUUUUAUAAUUUGUAGAUUAAGAGAAGUGAAUGAAUUGUAGUGAAAAUGCAGUUUUUGUUGUUGAAUGAAAUCGAAGGGUCUGUUUGAGUAUAAGUGUUUUUUUGUUUGUUUUGUUUUUUAUAUUUAAUUCAAACGGACCGGUUGAAAAAUCGUGAAUUAUUGCUAACGACCCCCCUCCGUGCCCCCCUCCUCGUUGUACGGAAAAGCCCCCCCCCGGAAUUCGCGGCUCCAUCACACGCAGUUCCUCAUGAACAUACAGAGGUCAAAUCCUAUCAAUAUUUCACGCUAUGGGAGGUCGCGACACAAAUCCCACGAUUUCGACAAGUUGACCUGCUUGAGGACCACUGAGUCUCACCAGAGCUUCAGCCCCAACCUCGGGUCCCCCAGCCCGCCGGAGACCCCGGCCUCGUCGCACUGCAUCUCCCGCAUCGGGGACUACCUUUUGUUGGAGCCGCUGGAGGGGGACCACGUUUUCAGGGCCGCCCACCUGCACAGCGGGGACGAGCUGGUGUGUAAGGUUUUCGACAUCGGCCGGUACCAAGAGUCCCUGGCGGCCUACUUCGCCCUGGGCCAGCAUCAGCACAUAAACCAAAUCCUGGAGAUCUUGCUCGGGGAGACGCGAGCGUACGUCUUCUUUGAGCGGAGCCAUGGCGACAUGCACUCUUUUGUGCGCACCUGCAAGAAGCUACGGGAGGACGAGGCUGCCAGGCUCUUCUAUCAGAUAGCCUCCGCCGUGGCGCACUGCCACGACAACGGACUGGUGCUCCGCGACCUCAAACUGAGGAAGUUCGUCUUCAAAAACGAAGACAGGAGCCUGGUAAAGCUGGAAAGCCUGGAGGACACUUAUAUCCUGGUUGGUCACGACGACUCCCUGUCAGACAAACAUGGCUGCCCGGCGUACGUCAGCCCGGAGAUCCUCAACGCCAACGGCAGCUAUUCAGGGAAAGCGGCCGACGUGUGGAGCCUGGGUGUCAUGCUCUACACCAUCCUGGUGGGGCGCUACCCCUUCCACGAUGUGGAGCCGGGCUCCCUGUUCAGCAAAAUCCGCAGGGGCCACUUCAACGUCCCCGAGACGCUGUCGCCAAAGGCCAAAUGCUUGAUCCGCUCCGUUCUGCGCCGGGACCCGGCGGAGCGCCUGACCUCGCGGGAGAUUCUGGAGCACCCCUGGUUUGCCUCGGUGGGGCUGCUGGGGGGCGCUCCGGUGCACAGUAGAGGGGAGAGGGAGCACGAGCAGGUUGUGCCCGAGGUGAACAUGGAGGAGGAGCUGGAGCAGUUCUUCAGCUGAGCAAGCACAACGGCCGGCUCGCCGCGGUCGCCAGUAGUUUAGAGAUCUAUAGGUGAAGUUGUCGAUCAUCCUAGAAGGUGUUUCCAUCCCGUCUCCUCUUCCAGCAUUUCAUGGGAAACCAGACGCUCGGCAUGACAAAUGGCAUCUGGACACCACCCGGCGACGCACGCCCCACGCCAGGACGCGGCCGCCACACAUGCAAGUUGCAAAUAAUGUAGCAAAUGUUCAUUUUUUUCCUUUUUUUUUUUUGGGAUGUGUUUGUUUUACUGUGGUGCUCAUAAAGUGAACACAUUCACCGUGUUUUUUUUUUUUUUUUGACACUAUGGAAAGCAUGAAGGGACAGCAAGGAUUUGACAAAGCACCGCACUUCUGUUCCCAAACGACCAGCCCUGACGGCGGCGGGGAGGGAGGAGGAGGAUGGCCUUUUCCACAUCCUUUUAUCAUUUACCCACAAUGCCUCUGUGUUGGGACGAUUGUUUUCCUGUUAGCAUUACUCUGACGUUGUCACUAACCUCCUCAGUGGCCUUGUUUUCUGUUACGGCUCUAAGAGUUGACCGUUUACUCCUUUUUGUUUUUUCUGCAUUAAAACCGUUUUCUUAAAUAAUAUUCCCAACAUCACAUAAAGCACUUAGGCUUUUUGUUCAUGUCGCCUGUUCAAGUUUAGCUUCCUCUUAUUUAAAAGCAUUUUCCUUAACAAAAAUGUAACAUUUAUUUAAAGUGUAAUGGCUAUAUAAGAAUAUAUGAGUAUAAAUAUAUAUUUAAAGCUAAAUUUCAGGUUUUUUUUUGGUUUUGUAAUCCAGAGAUUCCUUUUUCAUGUAUAAUGUAGGCAAUAUCUGACUGACACAGGACAGAACGGAGGGAAAACGCCGUCUGUCUGACGUUUGAGACGAUGAAAUGGUCUGUGCCAGUAUUCCUCCCAGCCUCCAUCACCUCUUUCCAAAAACGUGAUCUCUUUAGUAGGAAUGACAGCUUCCCGUCACGGCCUCCUGCCGGUUUAGGUUCUGUAAAACAAUCAUGCUCGGAUUGGGUACCAGUGGUUUGUUGUGUCUCUGUUACUUGAAAACCCUUUUAUUUUUAUUAUUUUGUGGCAUGUGCCCCGUGACCUUCCUGUCGUGGGUUUGGGGGGUAAGGAGGAUACUUUUUCCUUUUUUUUUUUAAAAGAAAAGCCAAAAUAAGCAAAAAAAAAUUAGUUUUUUUUUUUUUUUAGUUGCUUUACAAUAAAAACGCCUUUCAUUGUUUUUGUAGAUCUUUUCAUUUCAGUUGGUGCUAAUGUUUAGUCCUUUUUUUGGAGGGGUUGGUGCAUGGUGGGAUAUCUGCCUCACAUGUUCUGAUUGUAUUGUAACAGAUUCUGGUGUUUUGUCCAAAUUUAUUCAGUAAAUAAAUUGUGAACUGAUGA